AUGUAUAGGUUAUUUCAAUCCCGAUCAAUAAUCCAGUUGAAGCCAUCAGAUGUUGAAUUCCUUGAGAAGUUCCACGAGAGUGAGAACUCGGUGUAUCAUAACCGAGGCCCGUCUGCAUUUAAUAACCCUGACCGCGAACUCAACCUCUUUGUUUCUGAGUCCACCACAUACCAUCGAAUGCAAUCAAAGGGUCCGUGGGAGACGGGCGUUAUUCCAUCCUUCUAUGGGACGAUUCAAGACAUUCAGCCACUGCCGCCAUAUGUUAUUUUUAUCGAAUAUAUUCAAAGUCUGCAAACGAUAAGCUUAUCCAACUUUUCAGAACAGCACCUGGCUAAGAUCCGCCAGAUUCAAGACGAGAUUCACGAGGCAUAUGUUCUCCAUGACGAACUGUUGCCCCGAAAUAUGAUGACAUCUUUAGAAGAACAAGAUAAGGAUACUCCUAAUCUUUCGCCAAGAUCAGAAAUGUGGGUCACGGAAGGGGUUGAGGAUUAUAACGAAGGUCGGCUAAACUGUGCAAUUUUUUUUGAUCAUUCAGCCUGGUUCGUGUAG